GGGCGGAGCUAGCGGGCUUCUGCGGCUGUCCAUGGUCCUGUAGUAGCGCCAGAAAAGAGUCAGAAUACGUGCGAGAUGCAGCCAUAGUCACGCUCCAGCGUCCAAGACCACAACGUGCCAGGAUAGUUAGCCUUGCAGCGCGCGCACACACCGACGGAAAGCCUGUGGACGUGAGGCACCAUGACUGAGCAGCAGAGGCAGCGCUCUCUGUCCACUGCAGGGGAAUCCCUCUACCUGGUGUUAGGAGUGGACAAGCUGGCUACAAAUGACGACAUCAAGAGAUCUUACAGGAAACUGGCACUGAAGUUUCACCCUGACAAGAACCCUGAAAAUCCUGAGGCUGCAGAUAAGUUUAAGGAGAUAAACAACGCUCAUGCCAUUCUGAAUGACCCAACAAAGCGCAAUAUUUACGAUAAAUACGGUUCUCUUGGACUCUAUGUGGCUGAGCAGUUUGGAGAGGAAAAUGUAAACACUUACUUUGUCCUUUCGAGCUGGUGGGCAAAGGCUCUGUUUAUAUUCUGUGGCUUGGCCACUGGAUGCUACUUCUGUUGCUGCCUGUGCUGCUGCUGUAACUGUUGCUGUGGACGAUGUAAACCCCGGCCUCGGGAGGGCCAGGAGCAAGACUUCUAUGUGUCUCCGGAGGACCUAGAAGCUCAACUGCAAUCUGAUGAAAGAGCAGAAGCCGGGGGCGAACCCAUAGUGCUGCAGCCAUCAGCAACAGAGACCACCCAGUUGACAUCAGAUGGGCACUACUCCUACCACACCGAUACCGGCUUCAACUAACUCCCAGUGAUCCCGACUCAGGAUCCUGCCCGCUUUCCCGCUCCACCUCAGCAAAACGAAAGAAAGAAGCAGUCCAUCUUUUCACUCCCGAAAGAGAGCCAUGUACAGGAGAGGGACCAGUUAGCAUGACCUAUGAAAAAAUUACAUCUCCGCACCCUACCUGUAUUUCCCCUGGUAAGAGAAAUGAAAAAGUUGUCCUUAUUUUACUUCUCUUUUUUUAUAUAAUCUUUUUGUUAACAGAUCAGUCCUUCAUCUUCAUGCUCUUGCAUGCACCAUGCAGGGCACACUGUUCUUAAAUGAUCUUUACUUUUUGGAGAGAUUUCAAUUUAUAAAGUCAUAUCUUCAAGUUUUUGAGAUACUGAGAGAACUAAGGACUGUGGAUCAGGAGAGUGGAGACAUGAAUUUGUUAGGUCAGAAUGUCAGUGCCAUCCUUUAACUGUCGACUAUUGAUUUUAGCUCCUCCCCCCUCCCCUGAUUUACAAUCACUAUGCCACCCUCAAACAUCAGACAUGGAGGAAGUCUUUGGCAUUGCACAUGUUUGUCUUUCAUGAGGCCCCCUGAGUGUUUAUUUUUCAAAGGAUCAGAAGCAUGUGGUCGUUCCGAUGCAAAGCUUUAUUUGCAGGCAUUUUUUCUGUAAGCACCCGCUGAUGUGAUGUUUCCUCUUUAGCUGUUGAGACGUGAUUUUGGACUAUUUCCCCCUGAAGAAGCUUUGCAGUUGCAGGACUUGCUGUACUCCUUCCAGUGUUUUUGCUGCAGCAAGUUGUCAUUUUUUUGUUCUCUUAAUGGAACCUCCAAAGGAAUCCAUGUGAUCUUGAAUUUAAAAUCUGAUUUAGGAGCAGUUUGUCAAUCUUUUCCAAAAAUCACAAUUCAACGCUGCACAUUUUAUUUAUGGUAAAUACAUUCUUCACUCAUGACGGGAAAAUCAAAGUGUUCAAACCCAAAGAUGAAACAGCUGCCUCUGUUGCUGUUGUUUUCAGAGCUAAAUAAAGCCAAGGAGCUCAGAACAGACCCACAUGAUCUCUUUUAGCUGCAGCAGCAGAGGGUAACUUUUUUUUUCCAGAAGUUAACUUAAAGAAAAAUGUUUUACUCGUUUCUAGUAUCUUUUGUUUUGUCAAAUUCUGAAAUGACUUUUUUUCACGUUGAAGAAAAAGCUUGCCUGGCAUUCCUCAUCUGUUUGCCAGCGCUAUAGGCUGAUUUUUGCCAUAAAUUGCCAUGAACAUAUUUGUCAGUUUUGUAGCGGCCCAUAACUCAUUUUAAUGGUUUACAAUUGGUGAGCCCCUGUAGCCCACCCUCUUAAUUGUAUGGAUGUUGACCUCUGUGACCCUUGUAUGGCGUUUUCUGUAAACCCUCCUCCUGAUGAAACAUAGAUGUUCCUGUCAUGGCUUUUUUCAUUGAAAUAUUGAAGAAAUGCUACUGUAAAUGUUCUAAUCUGAAUGCACUGUGUGUUUAAAAAAUUACAAAGGAUUUAAGAUCAGGAAAUGUUUCCAUAUAAAAAAAGACUACAUAGUAUAUAGCGUAUCUACAGUGAAAUGGUUAUAUGAUGCAUUUUUUGUAUUUUACUUUAUUUCAUACCUCAAAUGAUGAUUUCCUUUCAUUUUAGCUGGUAUGGUGUUGUAAUAUAACCAUGGCAUUUUGCAAAGAAAUGUCUCAAUGGUUCUGGUUGCUUGUACAUACACUUGGCCCACAUAAAGUAUAAAAACCUACAGUUUCUGUUGUAGCAUGGUAACCGUGUGUCUGGAAGAAAUAAGUGGAUCAUUGAUCUGAUUUGCUGUUGUUGAAUAAAUGUUCCUCAACA